UGACAUGUCUGGCGAUGAUUUGGGCUAUGAUGGCGGUAAUGCUAACAGUGUACAAGGUGACAGUGACUCAGAUGGGGGUCAAAAUGUAGAUUCUGAGACUGAAUCUGAGAAUGGCAUGGACAUUGAUGAUAAAAGCGAUGAUGAUGCACCCCCUCCUAGGCAAAGACGUUGUCAAGCCAAUAUGCCUAGGGCUGCAGGUCAUAAUUUUGAUUGGGCCAAGCUGGGUCCUGAUGUAAAUGUGCAGCCUACAUUUAACCCUUUGUAUCAAGGACAACCAGGUUUGAAAGCCGGUGUAAUUGACCCUGAUCAUGAUGAACCUAUUGACUACUUCUACAAGUUUUUUCCUGUUGGAAUAUUUACUGUUAUGGCACGAGAGACUAAUAACUAUGCCCUGCUGUUUUUUGACAACCCUGUUGAAAUUCCACCAUCAUCCAGGUCCAGGAAAUGGAAGGACAAUACAGUGGAGGAGAUGAAGGUGUUUGUUGCCAUCGAGAUUGCCAUGUGACUCUGCUCUAAAAAUUGACUUACUGAUUACUGGGAUAGAUUCUGGCUAACUCAAACUCCGUCUUACACUGAAGUGAUUGCACGGGACCGCUACCAUAUCCUACGGUCAUUUCUGCACUUCUGUGAUAACAAAGGACAACAUCCGAGGGGUCAUGACCUCUAUGAUCUGUUGUACAAGAUUCGCCCCGUGAUUGAUCUCGUGAAGGAUACCUACCUGGACGCCUAUGUGCCACAUCAAGAGAUAUCGGUGGAUAAGAUAAUGAAAGGGUUCAAAGGACGUCUGAGUUUCAAACAGUAUAUUCCUAAUAAACCCAAAAAGUGGGGAAUAAAGAUUUGGUCACUCUGUGAUUCUAGAAAUGGUUUUAACCUUAGAUGGCGAGUUUAUACAGGGAAGUUGGAGGAUGACCGUGGCGACGAGACAUUGGGUUCCCAUGUAGUUCGAAAUCUUUUGGAUGGAAUGGAUGGUAGUGGCCAUAAAGUUUUUAUGGACAACUUCUUCUCCUACCCAGAACUGUUUCAUAGCCUCAAACAGAAGAACAUGGGUGCAUGUGGUACUGUUCGAUCCAAUAGAAAGGGAUUGCCAAAGAACAUUGGUCCCAAAGACGUAAAACUGAAACAGGGUGAUUUGCCUGUGUUUUGGCAUGGUGCAAAUUACUCCCUGACCUUCACCACGUGGCAGGACACUAAACAUUUGAAGCAGGCACAAGUCAACAAGGAAAUCCGAUUGAAGAAGGAUGCCACUGGAAAGCGUACGGUGAAAAAGCCUGCUCUAGUUCAAGACUACAACAAAUAUAUGGGUGGGGUCGAUAGGUUUGACCAGCUUUCAGCCUACUACUGCUAUCCACACAAGUCCCAGAAGUGGUAUCAGAUAAUGUACCACUAUGUGAUAGAAACAGCACUUGUCAAUGGCCACAUUGCCUACAAAGAGAGCCAUCCUGAUGUCAACAUUGACCAGACCAUGUUCCGUGAGAAAGUCAUUGACUCUCUCAUUCCUCUGAACAUUCGUACACAUGCUAAAGACAAAGGAAACACUGUGGAUAAGCGUAGGAAAAGAUGCUUAGUUGGUCACUUCUGUGCAGAAUAUGUCAACAAAUCCUACAGGCCAGAGUGUAUUGUGUGCUCUGAUAGGCAGGCUCACCAGCGGCAUCAAACUCGAAACUACUGUGAGGACUGCGACCAAGCCAUGUGUUUCCCAGCAUGCUUCAAGCGUUAUCAUACCCAGUACAAAUAUAAAGUCACUUAUAACUAA